CGCUUGCAUUUCAGGUUUUGAGUGUUUACGGUUCGGGUUAUGCGUGGGAUACUUUCGCUAUCAAUCAAAAUUUCAAGUAUUGGCAUUUUUAGUGGUUCUAAAUCCUACCCUUAUCAAAUUGGAGGCGCGUUACAUUUAUGACACUGGGUGCGAUGAUAAGGGGCAACAGCGGUAAAGAGAAGCAGGAGAAGGCAUGCGGCCGGCGCACCCCCACCUUCAUGUCGCAGGAGGACAUCGCCGCCGGACGGAAGAGCCACUGGCAGGAGCUGGAGAUUACCGGUAUGGUCCGUAACAUCAGCCCCUCCGUGUGGCGACUGAAGCACCUGACGGCACUCUACAUGAGCGAGAACUCGCUGGUCUGUCUGCCGGCCGAGAUCGUGAACCUGACGCAGCUCACCUACCUGGACCUAUCCAACAACAAGCUGCGCCAGAUUCCCGCAGAGCUCGGAGACCUCGUCAAUAUGAGGGAGCUGCACUUGAACCACAACCUGUUACGGCUGCUGCCGUACGAGCUGGGAAAGCUGUUCAACCUGCAGGUCCUGGGACUGAAGGGGAACCCGCUGGCGGCGGACAUCCUCUCAGUAUACCAGGAGGCGAAUGGCACACAGCGACUCUUGACCAUGAUGCUCAACAGUCUCGAAGGUCAGUCAGAGGGUCCCACACGUUUUCGCUCGGUACAGCGUACCCUCCGCUCGGUACAGCGUACCCUCUGUCUGGUAUCUACAAUCUACAGCGAAUCCUCCGCCUGGUACAGCUCUGCCCGGUGUAACGUACCCUCCUUUCGGUACGAGUACAGCGCUCCGCCGCCGCCCGUCACUGGCUCCGCCGUCGAGCGGGCGCGUUUUCGGCUCAGUCGGUCGGCGCCGGCCCCUCUGCUGCCGUCGUACCGCUUCUGGCUGGGAGUUUUGGGCACCGCCGCGGGGGUCGCUAUCGGUGUUGAUCAGUACUUGCUGCUGCUGUUGUAA